UUUGCGCAGACCCGGAAGCAGAGGCCUCGGUCAGCCCCGCUUGCGCCAGCGGCCUGGAGAGCGGCAGUUGCUGUGAGGCGCAUGGUGUUCCCCGCCAAGAGGCUCUGCGUGGUGCCGUCCAUGGAGGGCGUUCGCUGGGCCUUCUCCUGCGGCACCUGGCUGCCGAGUCGAGCCGAAUGGCUGCUGGCGGUGCGGUCGAUCCAGCCCGAGGAGAAGGAGCGCAUAGGCCAGUUCGUGUUUGCCCGGGACGCCAAGGCGGCCAUGGCCGGUCGUUUGAUGAUAAGGAAAUUAGUUGCAGAGAAAUUGAAUAUCCCUUGGGAUCAUAUUCGUCUGCAAAGAACUUCAAAAGGAAAGCCCGUUCUUGCAAAAGACUCUUUGAAUCCCUAUCCCAAUUUCAACUUUAAUAUCUCUCACCAAGGGGACUUUGCAGUUCUUGCUGCAGAAGCUGAGUUACAAGUUGGCAUUGAUAUAAUGAAGACUAGUUUCCCAGGUCGUGGUUCUAUUCCAGAAUUCUUUCAUAUUAUGAAAAGAAAGUUUACCAACAAGGAGUGGGAUACAAUCAGAAGUUUUAGUAAUGAAUGGACUCAGCUGGAUAUGUUUUACCGGCACUGGGCACUAAAAGAAAGCUUCAUAAAAGCUAUUGGUGUUGGAUUGGGAUUUGAAAUGCAGAGGCUUGAAUUUGAUAUAUCUCCAUUAAACUUGGAUAUAGGCCAGGUUUAUAAGGAAACACGUUUGUUCUUGGAUGGGGAAGAAGAAAAAGAAUGGGCUUUUGAGGAAAGUAAAAUAGAUGAGCACCAUUUUGUUGCAGUGGCUGUUAGGAAACCUGAUGGAUCUAGACAACAGAAUAGUUCAUAUCAAGAUGAUUCUAAACCAUCCCAGAGGCAGUUUACCAUUCUUAACUUUAAUGAUUUGAUAGCAUCUGCUGUUCCCAUGACACCUGAGGAUCCUUCAUUUUGGGACUGUUUCUGCUUUACAGAAGAAAUUCUAGUACGAAAUGGUACUAAGUCGUGAUAGGUUCCCUGAUUUAACAGAAGCCCAAGGUAAAUUGUUUGUGAACUGCAGCAUGUUAACUUAAUGGGAAAAUGGCUCACUUUAAAAGACUAUGAAUGGCUUUUCUCCAAGACUUCACUGAUGAUUUCAAUCUCUGAAGAGAUUAGAUAGAAACUAAUAUAUUUGUGCUUGCACUGGAGAGGUAAAUGAAAAAAAUCAUUCCUUUUAAUGUUUAUUGUUGAGCUAUUUCUUUAUUGCCUUGGAGGUUCAGAUCUUAUUUUAUUGAAAUUACAUAAGUUCACCUGAGAGACAAAGUGAACAAUGAUGAAAAUUUUAUUUUUUCUCAUAUGAUCAUAUUUUGGAAUAUAUGAUAGGCAAAUCCUGCAGUAGAUAUAUUUAAAGGUCAUUAUUACCACAAUUAAGAGUUAUUAGGUUUAUAAUAGUUUGUUCUGAUUCUAUGCUAAAAAUAAACAUGGAUUCAUUAGGUCAUAUAUUUAAUUAACUUUACUACAAAUAAAAUCAGUAAAUGUGCUUCAAAAAAAAGCCACCAAAUCCACAGAUACUGACUUUUCUGAGUUAGGAAUUGCUAGCAAUCUCUUUUCCCAGAGAAAUAAAAGACCUUCCAUGUUGUUUAUUUUGUAUCAUUUGUAUACAUUUCCUUGUGUCUAGAAAUCCUUUCCAUUGUGGAAAUUCAUUGGUCUGAAGAACUAUCUAACAACCUGGUGUAGUAAAAUAUGGAGUGAAAGAGAAAGCUAAUAUAGAGACUUCAGAGUAUCACAAGCUAUAUUGUCCCCAUGUGUUUGUACAAUCAGGAGUCUUUGGUGUAGUGAUAUCCCCAGUAGUUGCCCACAAUAGAUAUAUUAAAGUCUUCAGAAGAUUAAAGUCAACAGAGAUAGCUGACUGGCUAUUAAUAAGUGCUUUUUAUCUACAAAACAGUUAGACAUAACAAAAGAAAUGCAUAAUAAGGCAAUAACUCAAAGUUUUAAUUCAUAUUGCCCAAAUUGCUAAAACUAUUCAAUACUUUAUAGAUUAUUAUUCCUUCUUUUGUUAACUCUCUGCUCAGACCCAUAAGCCAUUUUUAAAUAUGUCACUUGUUUUAUUGGUUCUUUGCAUAUUCUAGAUACUAAUUUCCUAUCAAACAUGUAACUGGCAAAACAAUAUAGGUUGUUGAUGUCGCCCUUGGCUACAUCUCAGAACCUGAAGGUUGAUAGAAACAGUACACACUUCAAACUUGCAAGAAUCAAACUGAAACUGACCUGCAAGCCUCCUAGAUGGAGACUAGCUCUCAAAGUAUUCAAAGGUAUUAUGCUAGCUCUCAUAAUAUUCAAAGGUACUAUGCAAGCUUCCAAAGAAGAAAAGCAAUUAAAAGUGUUAUCCAUCUUUAACACUGAUGAGUCACAAUGACCAGCACAGCAAGAUAUCUGCAAGGUAGCAAUAGUGGCACCUACAUCUUUUGAGUAAUCAACAACUAUCCAAUUGAACUUAAAGCCUGAUCAAUAGAAGGGUAUCCAUGCUUGGUGCUAUUUAUGCAUGGAGCCUCGAUGAGAAACUACAACUGCCCUUUUCUAAGACAGCAUAACUAAUAACUGCAUUCUAAAGACUCUUUCCACAGCCAAAUGUUGCUCUUACCACCAUCAAAGAUGCACCUUCUAUUUUUUUUUCCAGUAAAGACCUUUGCAAAAACCUACAACUAGUAAAAAUGCAGAGAACAAUUGAACAUGGGAUGCCAAAGCUCAUAUAAUAUAUCUACAACACAGUCCCUACACAUAAGAGUCAGGAAACAUCAUAGAAGAAGGAGCAGAAUGAUGGCAAAAGCCAGAAGAGGACAUCGGCUAACGAUAGUGUCUUCUGUUCCUAACCGACACUUUUACCCAUGGAUCCUCUACAGACACUUAAAUAAUACCCAUCCAGUGACAACACCAGUGGACAUGUCAAUAUAAGUCAGGGAAUCUUACAGGUCUCCACCCCAUAUGAAGAGCUACAGGAAGUUAAUGGCUGUUAAGAGAAGGGGAAUCAGUCUUCUCCAGGGAUAUGCCUCCAGAUAAACUAUCCAACACCAAGUGGUCAGCCUUAAACACAUACAUAGCUAGAACAACACUAAACAGAUUUACUAAGUUAAAUUAUAUAUACAUACAUAAUUAAAGAAGAAAAAGUCAUGAAUUUGAGACGUGGUGAGGAAAUAAGGAAACAAGGGAAGAAGUAGGAGUGAAUGGAAAGAAUGUCAACACAGUACUCAUGUAUGAGAUUAUAAAAAGGUAAAUAAAAAAUAGUUUCUUUUACUGUAAACAUAAUACCACUUAAAAUGUAAAGAAAACAUUAGAUACAUAUAAAUUUAUUAUAAAUCAAAAUGAAAAAGUAAAAAAGGAUGUUACUGCAAUUUUAAAAAAUAAAGUUGCAAUGUUUUCAAAAUGAAGGAAAAUGUGAUUUAGUGGAAAGAUUAAUAAAUUAAAAAUCAGUUAAUUCUGAAUUCAAGCCAGUAUUUUUCAUGUGUUUUCUCUAUAAUUUUUAAGUAAAUUUCUGAAUGUAUCUGAGACUCUAUAGCUCUGUAUUUUAAUUGUGAGUUAUAAUACCUAUUUCAUAGUGCUAAGUGUAUAUUAGAUGAGUAAAGUAUAAGAGAAAUCCCUGUAUUAUUAAUAUUAGGUACAUACACUCUUCUUUCUCCUUCCUUUAUUUAGAAUAUACAGUCUUAGGCAGUUUUAAAAUUAUUAUGUAAUAAAAAUAAUGGUUGACUAUCAAUCAUAAUCCUUCCUACACAAUACUGUAAAUCACAUCUCAAGAAUAGCAAUAAUAAAUUAUGAUGACUCAACUUGAUGCUAAUAUUGGUAUUAGUGUAACUGCUUGUAUAGACUUUAAAAUUAUUGGCAUUUUUAAUUAAAAAGCUUUUUUGAAUUGUAGUAGGA